GCAUGCGCUGGGACAGUACUACUGGUACAGCGCGCUAUUAUGGCUCAAAAGGAAGCUGUAAACGAGCGUCCUCUUUUAUUUUUAAUAAUUUGUAUUGUAUUUAUACAUUUGUUUAUCUGUCCUUACACCAAAGUUGAGGAAAGUUUUAACUUACAAGCAAUUCAUGAUGUUCUGUAUCACAGAUUUGAUUUUGAAAAGUAUGACCAUCAUGAGUUUCCUGGUGUGGUUCCACGUACCUUUCUUGGACCCCUGUUCAUAUCCGCACUCAGUGCACCAGUGAUUUGUGUGCUUGCCCUCUUUCAAAUACCAAAGUUUUACACUCAGAUCCUUGUGAGAGGAGUUCUUGGACUCUGUGUGAUUCUGUCACUAUGGCAUAUGCAAAGAGAGGUCCGCAGGCGGUUUGGGUCAAUGGUGGCCAGUCUGUUUUGCUUUAUCUGCAUCACACAGUUUCAUCUGAUGUUUUACAGUACCAGAACCCUCCCAAAUGUGUUUGCUUUGCCUUUAGUUUUGCUGGCAUUCACAUCUUGGUUGGGCCAGAGACACGGUGCCUUCAUUUGGCUUUCCGCUUUGGCUAUUAUUGUGUUUCGCUCUGAAUUGUGUCUCUUCUUUGGCUUGAUGUUGUUGAUGUCACUCCUGAGCAGGAAACUUCAUUUUCUACAGUUGAUUUACCAUGCCGUACCUGCUGGUGUUUUAUCUUUGGGUCUCACUGUCAUGGUUGACACAGUUUUCUGGAAUAAGCUGCUCUGGCCUGAGGGUCAGGUACUAUGGUACAACACUGUGUUGAAUAAAAGUGCCAACUGGGGAACUUCCCCAUUUCUGUGGUACUUCUACUCUGCUCUCCCUCGAGGUCUUGGCAGCACAAUACUAUUUAUUCCACUUGGCCUGAUGGAUAGACGAACAAGAAAACUGCUCAUUGUAACUAUAGGCUUCAUUCUGCUAUACUCCUUUCUGCCCCACAAGGAGCUCCGUUUCAUCAUCUACACCUUUCCUGUGCUCAAUAUGAUUGCUGCCUGCGGCUGUUCCUUUAUUUUGAAGAAUUACCACAAGUCAUGGAUGUAUAAAAUUGGCUCCAUAGCUAUGGUAGGACAUUUGAUGCUCAAUGGAAUAUACACAAGUAUUUCUCUUUACGUUUCCCAUCACAACUACCCAGGAGGCAAAGCAAUGCAGGAGAUACAUAGAAUAAUUCCAGCAACAGCAGAUGUGUCAUUGCACAUUGAUGUACUUGCUGCACAGACGGGAGUCUCACGUUUUCUGGAGCUAAAUAGUAAAUGGAGAUAUGACAAGAAGGAGAAUUUGACUUUUGAAGAUGCAGUCAUGAAAACGUAUUCACACCUGUUAAUGGAAGCAAAUGCAACUAAGAUAUCGCUGCUCAAAGACUCUCACAAACCUUUGGUCGUUUUCUCAGGAUACCAAAAUCUUGUGUUUGAGAUGUCCCAAUUUCCACCUAUCAAAAUCAAGCUAAACAAUAAGCUUGUGCUGCUAGCAAGACACUCAAAUAAUGAACACAGAUAGUAAACUGAAAUUGUUAUAAUAAAAAUAUUUCAUAUGCAAAGACGGAUACAAAUAAAUGUUUACGUAGUGGUUCUCUGAAUAAUUUUAAUGGUCUGUUUUACUGGGAGGGUAGAUGUCCUUAGUUAAGGUGUUUCAGUAGCUUGGUCAUUUGCUCACUGCUUCCUUUUGUAAUCAAUUGAAACAUGUUAUUGCUAUUAAAUGUGCUAUGGAAGGUCA